GUCACAAAGGCCUCGAUCGCUGCCCGCGGCGGAGCUUUCCUACAUCCGGUAACGCUAAUGCCAUUUUGAGCCUACGCAGAGGCACAUCUCACGAAUUGUGACCACGAUUCCUGAUUAACCUGCCAAAGAUGUCGGAUAGCGAAGAAAACGACUUUUUCGGUGUCAGUCAGGACCUCGUUCCUCCCGCGCCUAUCAAACCCGCGGGCGCUUCCGAGAUAGAUUUUGACGGCCUACUGUCACCCCCACUCAAACUACAUGAGGACCUGAAAAACGGCUGCGGCGGUCAACUAUGGCCGGCCGGUAUGGUACUGAGCAAAUACAUGCUGCGAAAUCAUCGAGAGGAUGUCGCAGGUAAAGAGAUAGUCGAGCUUGGUGCCGGAGGCGGGCUCGUCGGGUUGGCGGUCGCGAUAGGAUGCAAAGUCAACACCACGUUACAUAUCACGGAUCAAGAGCAGAUGUUCGAACUCAUGAAGCGCAACAUCACACUGAACGCUCUGGAGUCUCGUGUCAGCGCUUCAAUAUACGACUGGGGAGAGCCGACGCCGUCACAACUACCAGCACACCCGGACAUCAUCCUGGCAGCAGAUUGUGUAUAUUUCGAGCCUGCUUUUCCGUUGCUGCAAAAGACCCUGCAAGACUUGAUUGGCGACAAUACUGUGUGCUAUUUCUGCUUCAAGAGGAGAAGACGGGCGGAUCUGACGUUCAUGAAGACGGCGCGGAAAAUGUUCAGCGUGCAGGAGGUGAACGAUGACCCUGAUAAGGAGGUAUACUCGAGGGAAAAGCUGUUUCUUUAUCGCAUAACGAAGAAGACGAGUUGAUGGAAGGUCAAUGUUAUGGUGGGCUAGCAUCUGAAUAGAUGAUUGGCUGCGAGUCACGACGUUCAGUGUAGGUCCAUGGGCCAAGUGUCGCAAACUCUGGUAGCUUCGUCUAAUAGCCAAACCACCGAUCCAUUGCAGCUUUAGCCGUAUUUUACAAUUC